GUCAUCGGUGAACUAACGUAAGUUUAGAAUGCUUAAAUACAAAUUUAUAGUUUUAUGAGCGAUUAAUAUUUCACGAAACAUUUGAACCAAAAUAUAAUAAUACUAAUGGUAUGGAUUCUGAUGAAGAGAAUGAUUUCCAAACAUCAUGGAGAGGUAUUCCUGGUACAAUUAUUUUAGUUAACGCAUUUGAAAAUUCAAAGAACAAUAUCUUUGGAACCGUACAUGGUGCAGUAUGUCGGUUGAUAAGACAACAUUUACGUUCGUUAAGCUAUCAAAACAUUAGUGUUUGCAUAUUUGGUACUGAAGAGACUACUGCAUCGGCUUUUGACACCAAACCAGUUAUUGAGAUUAUUCCUUUAUCUUCUCCAAGCCUCGAUGAUUAUAAUAAACUUAAAAAUAGCGAUAUUACCUCUUUUAAAGAAGCUAAAGAAUUUAAGCUAUCAGAUGUUUUAUGGCAUUGUAGUAAAACAUUUGCCAAUUGUAAAAAACAGUUGUCUUCUAGAACUGUUAUCAUGCUUACUUGUCUCAAUAACCCACCCAUUGCAGUAGAUCAAAAACCAACACUAAACAGAGCUAUAGACUUAGUUGAUGCAAAUAUUAAUAUACGAAUAAUAAAUGUUUCACAACAUGAGUAUAAAAUAGACGCAUACUUUGAAAAACUUUUUACCAUUGCUAAUAGAGGACUAGAUUUUGUCAUGCCAAAACCUGUAUGGGAUUCUGCAGAGAUUGAAAAACUAAUAUAUCAAGAGUCACACCGACAUGUAGCUGUAGCAAAAUUAAAUUUUGAAAUUGGUGAGGAUUUUAAUAUUGGAGUUGGAGUGCACACACUGCUAACAAGGGCUGGCCAAAUUUAUAAAGGCAAAAUUAAUUUAGAUAGAGAUACUAAUACAGUUCUAACAAGUAUGACAAAAACCAUGAAAGUCACUCUGGAGGAUGAUGAGGAAAGCAAACAAAAACAAGUUCCUUUGCUGAAGUCUGAAUUAAUACAUUAUCAAGAUAUUGGAGGAGAAAGGAUUGAGUUCACUGAUAGUGAAAAAAAAUUACUGACCAAUCCAUUCGGCCCACCUAUGAUGAAACUCUUAGGUUUUAAACCUGCAACCAUUGUUUGUAAAGAAAAGUGGUACUUGAAAAUGGGAUACUUUUUAUUUCCAAAUGAAAGUAUUAUAGAAGGUUCAACAGUAGCUUUCAAAGCUUUACACAGGGCUUGCAGAGAUAUGGACAUGGUUGCUAUAUGUGUUCUGUCAACAAGAGUUAAUGCUAAGCCGUUUAUUGUAGCACUAAGCCCCUGUUCAAAACCCCUUGGCUUAAAUGUACAAGUUGGUUUUGAUAUUGUUAUUAUUCCAUUUGUUGAAAGUGUCAGAGACUUAAAUAUAAAUGAGGAAGGUGAAAAUGAGGCAAGCCAACCUAUUGAAAAAGCACAUAAAAGAUUAAUGUCAAAUAUUUUAAAUAAAAUAACAAUUGAUUUUAAAGCAGACAUGUUUGUAAAUCCUAAAUUAGAAUUGGAAUAUAGAGCUAUAGAAGCAAUUGCUUUAGAGGAUGAUGACAAUGAACCAUUUAUUGAUACAACAAAGGCAAAUCCUGAUAAGUUUCAGGACAUAGACGAGGAAUUGUUUGAAGAACUGUUUGGUCCAUUUGGUUCCUUAUCUAUAAAAAGAACUGCUUCAUCAGUAGAUAGUAGCACCAAAAAGCAAAAAGUUAAAAUUGAUGAAGGUCUCUUAAGUACUAGACUACAAAAUGAGAAAAUUAAUGAUUACACAGUACAACAGUUAAAACAAAUAUUAAAAUAUAAGGAUAUCGAAAAUUUACCAGCUUUGACUGGAUUGAAGAAGAGUGAACUUGUUGAAUUAGUCUAUAAGCAUUGUAAUUAAUGUGCAUAAUACAUUAUUAGGUACUUAAAUAUAUAUUUUGUUAAUAAUUCUAA